GCGUACCCAGGUGGCAGUGCGUACCUAAGUGGCAGUGCGUACCUAGGUGGCAGUGCGUACCUAGGUGGCAGUGCGUACCUAGGUGGCAGAGGAAGGUGGUUCUACCAACGCCCUCUAUCCCACUCCUUAACACCUCCAUAACGUCCCUUACACUCUCCCCAGCGUCCCCUACACCCUUUAACCCAUCCCCUACACUCCUUAACCCAUCCUCUACACCCCUUAACUCAUCCCCUACGCCCUCCCCAGCACCCUCUGGAAUCAGGAACCUUGCUCCUAGUGUUGCCAGACCCUCACCCCAGCCGUUCCUCUCAACAACUGGCUGCAGAACCAAGCCUUGUUUGUGUGCAGUUGGCAUCACACACUUGUUUGGCUGGCACCCCCGUCAACAGCCAAGCCUUGUACAUUGUUGGCUCCCCACUCUCGUGCUUGACUGGCACCCUCAUCGACAGCCAGACUUAACUGGCUCCCCCGUCAACAGCCAAACCUUGUGUGUACUUGGCACCACACUUGUGCUUGUCUGGCACCGCUGUCCACCAUGCUGUUGUCAGAGCUGAUCAGUGUGCAGAACGUGGCACACGUCUACGAGGAGGUCACUGACCGCACACACAACACCAGAUCAAAAGUGAAUGUGGUGGAGGCACUGCAGGAAUUCUGGCAGAUGAAGGCCCAGAGGGGAGCAGAGCUCAAGAAUGGUGCUCUUGUCAUCUAUGAGUCCGUCCCUUCCUCCUCCCCUCCUUACGUCUGUUACGUCACUCUUCCAGGAGGUUCCUGCUUCGGCUCCUUCCAGAACUGCCCAACGAAAGCUGAGGCACGUCGAAGUGCUGCCAAGAUUGCCCUCAUGAAUUCUGUCUUCAAUGAACACCCUUCACGCAGGAUUUCUGAUGAGUUCAUAGAGAAGGCUGUGGCUGAUGCCCGUGCACAAUUCAAGCACGUAGCUGACUUGUCCCUCCCCCAGGGUGACCCUGAUGAGGCCGACAACCCUAGCACGGGGAUCGGCGCCUUCCGCUUCAUGUUGGAGACCAACAAGGGGCGCACUAUGCUGGAGUUCCAAGAACUCAUGACUGUCUUUCAGCUUCUGCACUGGAAUGGCUCACUCAAAGCCAUGAGGGAGAGGCAGUGCUCUAGGCAGGAAGUAGUAGCACAUUAUUCCCACCGGGCACUUGAUGAUGACAUGCGCUCACAAAUGGCCCUCGAUUGGAUUGCUCGAGAGCAGGAAAACCCAGGAGUGAUCUCUAGGGAACUGGGCCAGAGUGAGCGAGAGCUCGAGGCUGCUCGUUUGGCUGGGCGUGAGCUACGCUUCCCCAAGGAGAAGAAGGACAUUAUGAUGUUGGCGUGCUCGCAGCUGUCACCCUCUCCCCUGGACCCUUAAUGCCAGGGCAAAGGGCAGCCGCUAUAGUGAUAUUAGCACCAAGGUGUAGAGGUUAAUGCUUUCAUCUCUGCAAAAUCAAAGCUAAUUUACUUUUUAUUGUUGUAAAGAUUGUUUUGUACUGUUUUCUUGUGUGUGCAUGUAUAUAAUGUAAAUAAUCAUUCCAAAGAAUUUUAUUAUGUAAUUAUAAUAUUAUUAAGCUUUUUGUGGGGUGCACUGGUGAGCCCCACAUUAAAAUACGCACCCCUGGGAUAUCACUAUGCAAGUAGAGCCAGGCACUGGCUGCUGAUCACUAUACUGAUGACUUCAUUCAUCCUCAGAGUUUUUGUGCAAACAUUUUGGGCUACAUAUGCACUAAUUUCAGUAAUUUUGCACAACGGAUUAAUGUAAGUAAUAUCCUUAAUAUUGAUUAGUUGUUGAAUUGACUUAUCAAUGCAUCACAUCAAAUUUAAUACAUCCCACAUCUUUGCCCUUCAGCACUGUAGCUCAUAUCAGCAAUGCAAUAGUUGGCAGCUGCAUGGUAAAGGAUUGUGUUAGUAUGGUAUGUACAGGGCAUGUCCCUAUUCUACAAACCACCUAUAGUUGUGAUGGUCUGCUGUAUACUGCUGCACAGUGCGUUUGCUGUACUAAGCUAUCAGUAGUACAAGUCAUAUGCCUGUCGGGUGUGCAGCAGUGCGUUUGCUGCAUCUUCAAACUGUCAGCAUUACAAAUUUGGAGUGUGUGAAGUGUUCCACACAGUGCUGUGGCUGUAGCUUCAAGCUAUCAGUGACACAAUACAGGACUCUUGAUAUGUCUAAUAUGAUGCUCAUGCUGCACCUUCAGCUGUCAACAGUACAAGUCAGGACUUGGAGGUGUGGAAAUGGUGUGAAGAAAAGGGGCAGCAGGAGGUGCAGAGUCAUUAGUAUCAACAUAAGUACAUCAUGGAGUUAAUCAACAUUGUUACUACCCAGUAAUCAUAAAUAGUAACAAUAUAAGCCAGUGCCUUCAAUCUCUGCUGUAAGCACCAGGGUUUGGCAAACUGUACAAGAUCUCAUUUGCUGAAACGUAUUAGGAGACUAAUGCGUUAAUGUGCUAAUUUUUGUUUUUUAUGCUUCGUUAAGUUGAAAUUGAGUAAUCUCUCUGACUACGACACAGUUGGCUUUUUACGUACAGAGUUAUUCAACUUUGCUUUAGAUGAGUUCUGAUGUUUUCCUUUUGCAUUAACAAGCUGGGAGUUUAUGCUGUUGCCAGUGUCAUGGUGUUGCCAGUGUCAUGGUGUUGCCAGUGUCAUGGUGUUGACGGUGUCAUGUUGCGCUUAACACUUUCAGUAGUUCGGUUCUUAAUACAGUACUGUACUUCUUUGUUCUAAGAAAAGGACAUUAAUGAUGGCAAUUUAUUCUCAAAACACUAUAAUUUACUUAUAGAUUUGUUUUUACUACAAAAGUAAAAUUAGGAUGACAAUGUAGUGGUAAUGUCUUCCCAAUUUUUCCUGGAAGAAUUUUGCUCCAACAGUACGUAACAACCACUGUUUUCGCAGUUCGUGUAGAGACCUACACUUGUGAGUGUGAUGCUGCUUGUGUGUAAAUUAAUAAUGUCCUCUCCUUAAGUGAUAAGAGAGGCAAGUGGCACCUUGUAAAUUUAAAUUUCCCCCAUAGUUUGUGAUGUCUUGUACGUAACGUAAUAUAAGUUCUCCCAAUGCUUUACAUUCCAGUUAUUUGUAUGUAAAUGUAGUGUGAUCUGACUUUUUAUUGUUGACUUUGUUAAUCUAGGACUUAGCAAGUCUGAGAGUGCAAUGCACUUCAUGGCUACAGAGUCUGUGCAAUAUGAAUGAAGUGUUUGUGUAAUUGAUGUUUGUUGAGCAUACUGGCCUGGAAGGUUGCAAGGUACCAAUGGAGUUUUCUCUGUCAUAUCUUCAGUAAACAGGACUUUUUUUUUAUGCCAUACACAAUACCAGAUGAUAGUUGCUGUGAAUAAGCUUCAGUGCCAAAUUAAUUGUGCCAAUCUCAGUGCCAAUUCCUGGAAUUUAAUUUGCAUUAUGAAUAAUUACCACAGUUUUUUCAGUGCCAAAAGCAUAAUAUGAAGAUAAUGGAAGAAGAAUAAACAAAAUUCCAGGCUGGUGGUGGACCCUAAGACAAUCUUUCUGUAGACAUUAUGCUUUCACUCACUGGGCUUAUGGAGAUUAAUGGAGGAAAUUUAACUAGAUUAUGCAGAUUAUAAACUUGUAGAAAAACUGCAUAUGCCCAUGGUGUUUUAAUAGAAAAGUGAAGGGAGUAUAUUGUGUGUGUGUUAUGUUUUCUGAAGUGGAGAAUUCACACAGAAGUCUGGGAGAAAUGAAUGUGAAGACUUACAGAUCUCUGUGGCCAUACAGCCUCUUAUGCACUUAGUGGAAACUUUCAUUGCCAGUAAGGAAAAUUCACUCUUAAACAUGGAACCUGGCAUAUAUGACUAGCUUUAAAAUGAGUUGUGUUUACUGUAGUAAAGAGUUCAUAUUUGCUUUCAUUCUAGUUUAUAGCCAGCAACAAGAGACCCCUAAGAGUUUGGCAAGCCUUCUUGGACUGCCUCCCUAUCCAGUGGCUAGCUACUGGCACUGUUAACCUUCCCUUCUGCUCGAGGCAAACUGGUGACCAUGUCAAUGUUGGUAGUGUGAGGAUAUCUUAAGUAUUAAGGAUUUAAUGAAUGAUCUUUUAAUUAUCAAUGCUAGUCUGAUAUUGUAAUUUCUCUAUUUAUGGUUAUAUUGAUAAUAGUAAUAAUAUGCUAAAGUUAUAAAUUAUAAAUUAGCAAGGAGAUGAAAGGAAGAUAUCUAAUCUGCAGUUCAAAAAUGAAAUUUCAAAAUAUUUAACUUAUAGAUAUACAUUUUUAAACUUUUGUAGUUGUGGUAUACUGUAUAUAGUAAAAAUAUGCAAUUUCAAUACAAAUAAUUGGAGAGGUUCUUAAAUUAUAAUAAUGUUAAUUUUAUGGAUUUAUAUAUUUUCAACACUUUUUAACAGUAGUUGGCAAGUGGCAUCAGAUGUCCAUAGUGUAACUGUGUUGUACUCAAAACUAAUUUUGUAUCAUAAGUGGCAGUGAUAGUUCAUUACUACAGUUGAUAAUCACAUAGCUGGUCGGCCUUUUUAUUUUAAACUAAAUACUGCUGACUAGCUUAAAAAUCUGUUUUAAUAUGUUAACCCAAUCAUUGGGAAGCAUUUAAAAAAAACAAUUGGACAUUUGAUAUUGGUGAUCCAAGUUUAAGUAUGACCACAGCAGAACCUCUAGUAAAGAGUUGAAACUGGCAACAUUACCCUAGAAAAUAGAAGUCAUACUGUCUAUACAGACUUGUAGUUUUUCAAUCUGCAGUGUAUUCUAAUUGUGAAUUAAAUGGAUGCUGGAACUGUACUUAAGUAGCAUUUGUGUUCCCUCCGUGAUUUUCUUAUACAGUGGAUCCUCGAAUUUCAUCACCCCUUUUAUGUAUGUAAAACUAUAGUUAUUCUCUAUAAAAUGUAUUUUUUGUUAACAUUUUUGGGUGUCUGGAAUGGAUUAAUUGGAGUUACAUUAUGUCUUAUAGGAAAUAUUAACAAAAAAUACAUUUUAUAGAGAAAAACUAUAACUAUAGUUUUACAUAGAGAAAAGGGAUGAUGAAAUUCGAGGGUCCACUGUACCACAAUAGUUCUUCGUAUGUUUAUAUAAAUAAAUUCAUUUGUGGUCAAGAGAAAGGCAAAUGAAUCUUACUUUACUAUAUAUGAAACGUAAUCAUAUUAAAUGUAUAAAAUCAUG